CUCGAGCGCAGCCUGUCUUUUUUUUGCUGUGUGCUUGCCAGCCACAGCGCAGAACUGCAUCAAAAAUUGGCAUUGCUAUUCAUUAAUUGCGCCAAACCGCUGGCACGAGCCGCGCGACGUCUGGACGAGCAGCACUCAGCUGGCAGCAUGCUGCGCCGCGCCGCCAUAAUUGCAAGACGCCGCCUCCACGCGCCGGCCCACGCGCUGCUGCCGAGGCAUAAAACGGCGCGUUCUUUAUACGACGAGAUGCGGCACCUCACGCGAGCCGGUGGCGACUUUACGAUUCAUAAUUAUGCGGCCGUGCUCGAGGAUUUGAGCGAAGACGCCACGACGGUAGAAACGGAGCUGUUCCCGCGGGCCGCGCUGGACUUCUACACGCGCUGGAACCUCGAAGAAAAAAUAACAGACGAGGAAAUCGAUGCAUACAAAACACCAGAACGCGGCGGCGCGCAGGGCGAUUAUCGGCGAGGCAUGCGCCGCAAGAUAGCCAACGCCGUCGACUGCCUCCGGACGCAUUCAAAUUCGAAGCGGGCCUCGAUUCCCAUCCCCUUCACCGAUAGCGGUUCGGAGACGAUCGACUGGCGCGACCAAGGGCAGACCAAAUGCUGCCGCGAGCUCUACCUCUAUGUUGAAGAGGGAAGGCUGUCGUGCACCGGUGUCUUACGGGUCCAGAACGCGUCGAUCUUUCCCAAAAAUAUCCACUUCUUCGGGGCCUUAUUGCGUCGCGUCGCGGCGGACCUCGAUAUGGAACUAGGCGUCUACACGCACGUCGUCGCGUCGCUCUGCCACGACCGGAGCGCGACUAAUUGUUGAUGUGUAAAGGAC